GAUACUGCCUUGGACAAGGCAUUUCCUUGUGGCGUUAGGAUGGCUGUCGUUUAAAGAACAAUGUUCACUAUCGUUGGCUCAAACGUUGGGAGCGGAUUUAAAACAGCAAUGCCCGUUUUGCUUAUUCCAGCAGGGUCACGGAUCGGGGAUUAAUGUGGCAUGUAUGUACAUUGGGGACUGUUUUCGCUUUUGUUAUUUUCAAGUAGUCUGGGACGCACAAAGUUGAAGAGUAUCUCAACACCUCUCUUGCACUUACUGUAGCGGGAACAUCCGGAGUUGGGAAGCAUUGGGACAAAUGUGAUAAAAUGUCGAAAUACCGUCAACAAUAUGGACUUUAAGAAGACCAAGUAUGGAAGGUUCAUGAAUGACAGAGUGUCGUCAGAUAAGCGGUACCGGCCCACGGAGUAUGAGCAUGCCGCUAACUGUGCCACGCACGCGCUGUGGAUAAUUCCCAGCAUCCUUGGUGGUUCCUUCUUGUACUUCCUUUCCGAAGACCAAUGGGAGACCGUCACCGCGUGGAUCUACGGCUUUGGUUUGUCUGGACUUUUCACCAUGUCCACAGUAUUCCAUACCGUCUCGUGGAAAAUAAGCCACCUCAGGACAGUUGAGCAGCGCGUCCACAUGUGUGACAGAAUAGCCAUCUACUUCUUCAUCGCGGCCUCCUACGCCCCCUGGCUCAACCUGAGAGAGCUGGGUCCAUGGGCCUGGCACAUGCGCUGGGUGGUGUGGAUCAUGGCGUGCGUGGGCACAGUAUACGUCGUCUUCUUUCACGAGAGGUUUAAGAUCGUAGAGUUUAUAUUCUACACAACAAUGGCAGCCGUUCCUGCAUUAGUUGUUCUUUCAAUGCACGACAGAGAUGGCCUGUUUGAGCUGGCUAUAGGUGGAGCGUUUUACAGCCUUGGAGCAGUUUUCUUUAAAAGUGACGGUCUCAUCCCCUUCGCUCAUGCCAUCUGGCAUCUCUUCGUCGCCCUGGGCGCUGGCACCCACUACUACGCCAUCUGGAGGUACCUGUACAUGCCAGGGGCCAGCCAGGUGAAGACCUCCAGGUGACACGGUCAAGUCAUGACCUUUCCCCAGGCAGAGCCAAAGAGCUGGGCAGGACCUUCUGCAUCUCCAGAGAGUUUAAUGUGGAGCUUGGUUCCAGUUCACAUUUGAUCACCAGAAGCCUUUACAAAUUCUUCAUGAUCAACGGAGUUUGUGAGGAAACGUUGGUCUUCCUUUUCAUUAUAGAAAAGGACCAUUUCAUAAUUUGGUCCAAUUGAUCCCUUCCUUCUGCACAGUGUUUAAAAGUAACACCAACUUGUUCAUUACUGUUGCCAAAUAAUGGGAACUCUAUGACAACAAAUCCUCUAAGUGAUUUGUCUCUACAUGCCACAUUCAUAAUAAUCAAUGUGGAAAAAGUGUUGAACAGUGCCUGGCUGGCAGAAAAUCGGACUGGUUCAUUUGAUUGAAGAUAUUGUCUCUGCUUGAAGGCAUCUUCAGAGAAAUAUGUUUUAUUCUCAUCUUUAAAAACAAGUUCUUCAUUUCUUAGCAAGCUUUCCAAAAUUGGUGGUUGUAGAAAUUAAUUUGGUAAGAAAUAAGAAGCAAUAUAUUUUUAGGAUCAGAGAUGAGUUGUAAGUAUCAGUUGACCAUGAACAGAUUCUUAAACAGCUUGGCUGUGAUUACAUUUCCUCAUCACCCUUUCCAUGAGGGUAUACAUUUGGCGGUGUGUGUGUAUGUACACAUAAUAAUAGGGUUUAACCUCUUGAGGUCCAGACUGAAUCAAAAUGUCCGUAAUUCUUGGUGUUCCAGUUCUGGAAGGAUGAUUCCUCCAGCUUCUGUGCUAUGCUGUACAAUGAGUGUCAAUAGCCAAGCACACAUUUGGCCACAUUUCAAGGAGUAGGUUUUAAAUUGAACCCACUCUGAUGCACAAUUUUCCAUUCCUCUUGUGAACAUUCUAAUAACAAUGAACCAUUUAAAAUAUGGAAUCAUACCGUUUAUAUAGAAGAUGUGUUAAGGCAAUUAAAUUAAAUUAAAUUUAAUUCCUGUUUCAGCUGCUCUUGACUUAAACCAGAAUUGUCACCACGCCAAUAUUGUGUGGUUCCGUUUCCUGUGUACAGAAACAACAGGAAACAAUUACACCAAAACAAUUUCUCAGAAAUCAUUUGAACAGUGUGACAAUACCAAAAGUGUGUCCUUUACUGCUUAUCAGAGUAAGGCCAGAUUCACAGUAGCUGUUACCAUUCAAAGAAAUACGCAGCGUUUGAAGAAACUGAAAUGAUAGUUACUGUUUAAUGCAAACAGACAUUAAAAUGAGUUAAAUCAAGUGACAACUGUAUAUUAAGCUCCACAGGAGUCUUGAGCACUGUGAAAGGUUUCAUUCUGCACAAUUGUGAGCAUAUAACCAGUGUUGUUUUAUUCUACAAAUGAGUCCAUUUCUAAGAAAUUCGAAACUCUCUGGGUCAUGUUUUUUCAGUAUCAGUAAUUCUCAAUUCCUGCUCUUACCAUUUAAAAUGACAAUAACACUGCUGGCUCUAAGCAUUUAAAAUAUGACAAUAACACUUCUAGCUUUCAUUUUUCCUCUAAUCAGACCAAUUUAGACCUGUGACACCAGGGGAGAUAUAUUAAUCAUAAAACUGCUCAUCAGAAGAGGGUCAGCAGCACGACAGGCCUUGUGGGCCAGGUUUCCCCUUUUCUGGACUUUUUAACUUUCAUGUUCAAUUUCUCGUGGAGAAGAGGCCAAGACCACAGCACAAAAAAAGAAGACAAAUCAACUAUGCCAUUUUAACAUGGUAUUAUCCAAGUUCAAUGUCUUUUUUUAAUCUACAUUCUGCAUUUCAUUGCCAAUGCACACAACAGGAUAAUAUCACUUUUCAAAGAUCGGUGGAGGCCAGAUACACUGGAGUAGUUCUAGAGCUCAAGAGCUUCGUAAAGCUAUGCAAUUCUUGGGCACUCAAUGUCCCUGUUCUGUUUACAUGCCUAUGAGCUGAAAGGACUCUGGCUUUACUCAGGACAAACUUCCCCUGCUUCAUCGUAAUAUGAAAAGAAUCUCAUUAUGUCCCACAGCGAUGUUGUGUCGACUGCAUUGUCAAUCAAUUUCCCAAUGCGUUUAUAGUUCUAUUAAAUAUUUGAUUGCUACAGACCAUCAUGCUGAACCGGGGUUGCUGAGUAACAACGGAAACCAGCAGAUGCUGUGUUAAAAUCAACAUACCACUAAUGGGAGUUUUAUUGUCUAAGUACAAAGCUUAAUUUGAAACUCUCUUCCCUCCUAUUUAGGGGGAAACCAGACAUUUCAGGGUCAGACCACUUUUGCUAGGCUUUUUGUGAGCUAGUACAAGAACAGUAGUUUCUGUUCUAGGAACUUUCUCUCACUUUAGAAAUCUGUAUUUCCAGUUAUAUGUGUAUUGCCGAGAGAAGCAAGCAUUACACAUGCACAGACAGCUUAAAAAAAAACCUUUAUCUUUUUGUUUCCUUGAAUAUGACAGGAUCAAUAUAUAGAUUCAAGUCUAGAUUAACAGUUUUGCUGAAACGUUAACCCCAAACCUUGACUUAAUUCUCACCUGCGACUAAUUAAUGAUUAGUCUAAUUGCAUCAUGUGAUAAAUGCUCCUAUCACCGGUUACAUUUUGUUGCCCACAGCUGAAUUUGCUUUGAUGUUCUAGUGCAGAGGUGCCCAAUCAUGUGAGGAGGGUCAAGAGUCACUACAGCAGCUGAUUUCACUAGUCCCCUCCUCUCUGGCUGGAAUGAAAAUCUGCAUACUCUUGGCUCUUUAUGGCACAUGAUUGGGCACCCCUGGACUAGUGGACCGUCACAAGUAUUAGUUUGGGUGUAGAAAACAAUUAAGUGCUCAUUAGCUUCUAUUGGAAAUUCCUCCAACCUCAAAUGUGAAUAGAUGAUGAGGUAAGACAAUUGCUGUGAGUGAGUGAGUGAGUGAGAGAGAGUGAGAGAGAGCGAGUGUGUGUGUGUGUGUGUGUGUGAAUGAGAAGCAUUAAUUGUACAGCGCUUUGGAUAAAGGUGCUAUAUAAAUGCAGACAUUUACCAUUUACCAUUUGAAUACUCUAUGAGCUAUGGGCAGGGAUACUCAAAUCUGGCCAUUGAGCACCAUAGUACAAUGCCAUGGUCUCCCCCACUAAUCAGGAUGGCAUUCAGUAUGGCACGAUGCAGGUUAAACCUCUGGGCAUUAAUCAAUCCUUUAACCUUCAGGUACAAAACAAAACCAGCAGUCUUAGUAUCAAGGGCCAGAUUGACAUUCGUCAUUUGUUCUGUGGUAACUGUUUUUGAUUUGAAAGAAUAAUACAUUUACUGCAUAUCUGCUGUCAUCUUCUACUGUAUGUGUGUGAGAGUAUUUCAAAUUCAAACCAAUAUUAUAGUGAUGGCUAUAUUUGCACUGUUUGUAUAAUCACUUUCAGUCUUUUGAAACAGUGAUGUGCUCUAUCACUUUUCACCUUUCAAUUUGUUACAUGUUCCUUUUUGUCAAUUAAAAGUAAUACUGACAUCCAUUCAUUUCUGCUUACUUCAAUCGUCAGAAUUAUUUUAAUUGUUCACAUAAUAAAUAAGAAAUGUCAAA